UGUGUGUUUUCAUUUCUAUACGUGUUGUUUGAUAAAAGCGGCUGAAAAAAAUAAUAACAGCAAAAGAAACUAGUUCGCAAAAACAAUUGUAAAAAAUAAAUGGGAAUGGCAAAUAUUUAAAUAGUUUACACAAUUUAUAAAGCACAUAGAAAAAAGACAUGACUGAUUACACUGAAUUGCACAAACGUUUGAGCCAAGUUGGCCAGGAGCAUUUGCUGAAAUUUUGGGAUGAACUAUCGACCACAGAACGUGCACAGCUGGACAGCGAUAUAGCUGAACUAAAUUUGAACGAACUGAAGUUGUAUUUUGAUCGUGCCACAACAUCAUUAACGCAAAAUGGUUUAAAAUUAGAUGAUCGUUUGCAACCCAUUCCCGAAUCUAAGGUUAUUAGUAUUGCCCGAUCUUCGGAAGAAACAUUGAGUGGUUAUCGUGAAGAAGGUUUGAAACAAAUUUCUUUGGGACAAGUAGCCGUUUUACUUAUGGCAGGUGGACAAGGAACUAGAUUGGGUUUUGCUCAUCCCAAAGGCAUGUAUGACGUCGGUUUACAAUCCCAUAAAACUCUAUUUCGCCUACAAGCUGAACGUAUAUUGAAAUUGGAAGAAUUGGCCUUUGAAGCAACUGGCAAAAGGGGUGUUAUAACAUGGUAUAUUAUGACGUCAGAACACACCAUACAACCAACUUAUGACUAUUUUGUGGCCAAUAACUACUUUGGAUUGAAUAAGGAAAAUGUUGUACUGUUCAAACAAGGUUCAUUGCCCUGUUUCGAAUACGAUGGCAAAAUUAUACUGGACCAAAAGCAUCGCAUUGCUAGAGCCCCAGAUGGCAAUGGAGGAAUUUAUCGGGCCAUGCAACAACAGGGCGUAUUGGAUGACUUGACUAAAAGGGGAGUCUUAUAUUUGCAUACCCAUAGUGUAGACAAUAUUUUGAUUAAGGUAGCCGAUCCAAUAUUCAUUGGUUAUUGUGUUCAAGAAAACGCUGACUGUGCAGCCAAAGUUGUGGAAAAAUCUUCACCCACCGAGGCUGUGGGGGUGGUAGCAAUUGUGGAUGGUAAAUAUCAAGUAGUAGAGUACAGCGAGAUAUCUGCCAAAACUGCAGAAAUGCGUAAUUCGGAUGGCCGUCUAACUUUUAAUGCUGGCAAUAUUUGUAAUCACUUUUUCUCGACUGCGUUUUUACAAAAAAUCGCCAGUACUUAUGAGCAGGAACUAAAAUUGCAUGUUGCCAAAAAGAAGAUACCCUUUGUCGACAACUCCGGCAAACGCAUUACUCCAGACAAGCCAAAUGGCAUUAAAAUCGAGAAAUUCGUAUUCGACGUCUUUGAAUUUACACAAAAGUUUGUAGCCAUGGAAGUGCCCAGAGAUGAGGAGUUUAGUGCUUUGAAAAAUGCUGACUCAGCGGGUAAAGAUUGUCCUUCAACGGCCAGAACCGAUCUUUAUCGUUUGCAUAAAAAAUACAUUGAGGCAGCUGGUGGUCUUGUUCAUGGCGACGAAUGUGAAAUAUCUCCAUUUGUUAGUUAUGCUGGUGAAAAUUUGACUCCUUUGGUAGAAGGCAAAUCGUUUACUACUCCUUUAUAUUUGCGUAGUAGCCGUGACAAUGAAAAUGGUCAUUUGUAAAUUACACACAAAAUAUUAUAAAACAUUUACAUGUCGUGUGUGUUUCAUCAAUAGGAAGCAAUUUUAAACAUAAGUUACUUAAAAUUCCAUAUACUUAAAAAUAAACCAUAUUGUUUAGUUAUUUCGUUAGACAAACAACCAAAAAAAAAAAGAAUAUGUUUAAAAAACUAAACUUAACGAAUUGUGCAAUUUUUGAUUAUUUUAUUAUUUUUUUUUUUGUUUUAUUUGUUUACGUUUACAAAAACAAACUAAAUUGUUACUAUGUAUGUAAUUAGAUUUUAAACGAAAAAAAUAUUAAUAAAUGUAUGUAUUUGUAACAGAUAUUAUUUUAAUGAAAACAACAAGAA